AUGGGAUCCGUCAGCGACGUAGAUGAGGAGGCGAGAAUGCACGCCCUGCAGCUGGCGAUGGGCAGCAUCCUCCCCAUGACUCCAAAGGCGGCCCUCGAGCUCCUCGACAUCAUUUUCAAGGCCGGUCCUGGCGCCAAGCUGAGCCCCUCAGAUAUUGUGGCCCAGCUGCCGACUGAGAACCCGCAGGCGGUCGACAUGGUAGAUCGAAUUCUCCGCUUGCUCGCGUCCCACCGUGUCGUCAGCUGCACCGUCGAGACCCACUCUGAUGGUCGGCCUUUGAGGAAGUACGGCGCAACCCCCGUCUGCAAGCACUUGACCAAGCAUGACGAUGGUGGUUCCAUGGCCGCUCAGUGUGUGUAUGGCCACGAUAAGUUCCUCAUGGAAAUGUGGUACCACUUGAAGGAUGCGGUGUUGGAGGGUGGCAUCCCCUUCAACAAGGACUACGGGAUGCCGGCGUUCCAAUACCACGGCACCGAUCCCCGGUUCAACAGUCUGUUCAAUGAGUUCAUGAGGAACCACGCCGCCAUCAUCAUGAAGAAGCUGCUCGCGGUGUACCGCGCCUUCGUUGGCAUCGAGGUGCUCGUCGAUGUCGGUGGUGGCGUCGGCAUCAGCCUCCACAUGAUCACCUCCAUGCACCCCCACAUCAAGGCCGUCAGCUACGACCUCCCCCAUGUCAUCUCGGAGGCACCACCCUUCCCAGGUCCCCCACAGUUCGAUUUUCUUUUGUUUCUCCAUGAUAGGAGUGGAGAUAUGUUUGAAAGCGUUCCAAGUGGCGACGCCAUUGUUUUGAAGUGGAUUCUUCGUGACUGGAAUGACGAGCAGUGUGCAAGAAUAUCGAGGAAUUGCUGGAAAGCAGUGCCCGAAUGA